AUGUCCGAUAUCCGCGUCCUCACCUCGUCGGAGGUUUCCGCCCACGCCACCCGGGAGAGCUGCUGGAUAAUCGUACACGGCAAGGUAUACGACGUCACCGACUUCCUCGACGAACACCCGGGAGGCAGUAAGAUUAUACUCAAGUAUGCAGGGAAGGACGCCACCGAGGCAUACGAACCCAUCCAUCCCCCAGACGCGAUCACCACAAACCUACCCCCGGAAAAGCAACUUGGGCUCAUCGACCAGAGCACGCUCGUCAAGGCCGUGAAGGAGGUGACGGAGGAGGACCGGCGGCGGCAGGCGUUGCUCGACGCGCGCCCGCCGCUCGACACGGUCCUCAACAUGCACGACUUCGAGACUGUCGCCCGCACGGUUCUGCCGGAGAAGGCGUGGGCAUACUACUCGUCAGCAUCGGACGAUGAGAUCACCCUCCGCGAGAACCGCAUGGCAUACCAACGGGUCUGGUUCCGCCCGCGGAUCCUGCGCGACGUCUCGUCUGUCGACUGGUCGACGACGAUCCUUGGGCAGAAGUCCAGCCUCCCGCUCUACAUAUCGGCGACCGCGCUUGGAAAGCUCGGCCACCCCGAUGGGGAGCUCUGCCUCACGAAGGCGGCCGCAAACCAUGGUGUUAUCCAGAUGAUCGCAACGCUCGCGUCCUGCGCGAUCGACGACAUCCUCGACGCAGCAGCCCCGGGCCAGACCUUCUUCCUCCAGCUGUACGUGAACCGCGACCGCGAGAUCACGCGCAAGUACGUGCAGCAUGCAGAGGCGCGCGGUGUCAAGGGCCUUUUCAUCACCGUGGACGCGCCCCAGCUUGGGCGGCGCGAGAAGGACAUGCGCAUGAAGUUCGUUGGCGACGACGCGGGCGCCGAAGUGCAGAAGGGCCAAGACGUCAAGAAGGACCAGGGCGUGGCACGCGCCAUCAGCUCCUUCAUCGACCCGAGCCUUGCGUGGAAGGACAUACCGUGGUUCAAGAGCAUCACCAAGAUGCCGAUUAUCAUCAAGGGCAUCGCGACCGCCGAGGAUGCGAUCCUUGCAUACGAGGCCGGCGUGCAGGGCAUCGUGCUCUCCAACCACGGAGGGCGACAGCUGGACACUGCGCGCUCGGGGAUCGAGGUGCUCGUUGAGGUCACCGCGGCCCUCCGCCGCCGCGGGUACUGGCCGGACCCACGUUUCGAGAUCUACGUGGACGGAGGGGUCCGCCGUGCAAGCGAUGUCUUGAAGGCGAUUGCACUCGGUGCGAAGGCGGUGGGUGUGGGGAGGCCCUUCUUGUAUGCGUUUUGUGCGUACGGGCAGGAAGGCGUCGAGAGGGCGAUCCAGCUGUUCCGGGACGAGUUCGAGAUGAACAUGCGUCUCUUGGGGGCGCGCACGAUCGACGAGGUCGUACCGGAUAUGGUGGAUGCGGGGUCGCUCGCGGCGCAUACAGUCCUGACCCCGGAGGACAACUUGUUCAGCCAAACCUACCAGCCACUGUCUCUAGCAAAGUUCAAGGAGGCAAAACUGUAAAUGCCUCUUCAUCUGUUAUAUCUGUACUAGG